UCCGCCUUUUUCUUUCGCCGUUAUUCGCCCUUCUUCUCAGUUUUUUCCCCUUUUGCCGCCACUGGGAAGAGAAAAUCAUGGAAAGAGGCGAAUCCAAGCAGACAGAAGAGGAAACAAAGAAGAGGAAAAGAGACGGAAAAAACAACAAGAAGACCUUUAUUUACGGCAACUACAACAGCUACUACGGCUACAGAGUUGAUCGUAAUCAAGAGGAAGAUCCUCGGCUUGCAGUGUUCAAGAGGGAAUGGUUUGAAGGAAGGGAUUGUCUCGACAUUGGCUGCAACCAAGGGUUGAUAACUAUUAGCAUCGCAAAGAAAUUUCUUUGUCGAAGCAUACUCGGAAUAGACAUAGACGCAGGUUUAGUUAAAAGUGCUCAUUGGAACCUGCGGAAGAUAGCUAGAAUGGGAUGCCCUAAAAGCAAAUGUGAGAAAAGUUCUAAAUCGCAGGUUCCCAGUAGUGCUGACUGUUCAGUUCAUGUGGCUUCCCAGGUUUCAAAUGAUGAAUCAUGCAAUCCUGUGGCUAAUGCUCCCACUUCGAGAGAAGGAAAUUUACUCAACAUAGUUUCAUUUAAAAAUGAAAAUUUUGUGGAGAAUUUGCAUGACUGCUCAGAGAAGUAUGAUACAAUUCUCUGCCUGAGUGUGUCAAAGUGGAUACAUUUAAACUGGGGCGACGAUGGGUUGAUUAAAUUGUUUGUGAAGAUUUGGAGACUUCUACGUCUGGGUGGAGUGUUUGUGUUGGAGCCUCAACCUUGGUCAUCAUAUAGAAAAAAUCGACUAGUGUCAGAGACUGCUAAGAUGAAUUUUAAUAGUAUUUUAAUACAACCACAUCGUUUCCGAGAACUACUUCUGGACAAGGUUGGGUUCAGGUCGGCUGAGACUGUUACAGACAGCUUAUCUGGUACCGUUGCUGGUUUCGACAGGCCAGUAAUGGUUUUUUUCAAGUAAAUUAUUUACAGAACAAAGGCGAAAGCUGGGAAACAAAAUGUUUUCAUCUCAACUGGUGACUUCCUCCCUAUAUCUUGCUCACUGGAGGAUGGGUAAACUUAUGGCUUGAACGAAUAUGAGCAUGAACUGAAAAGUCAAGCCGUGCUCAUCUUUACCCCUCGAUACUCUUGAAGGAUCUGCAGCUGUUUGUGCAAUUAAGAGCUAGAAGGUUACCAUACAGUCUCCUUGUUUUUGGCUCAAGUCUAAGUUUUGUUGAUCCUGUCCCAUCAAACUCUUCAGGGCUAUACAUAACUUUGUGGAAUUACUACCAAGUACGAAGGUUUACAUAUAAAGUUCGAAGGUUUACAUAUAAUCUCCUAUUAUUGGCUCUGAAGUUGUUUGUAGAACUGAGCUUCAUAUCCAUUGUGAACAUAUAUUUCUUUGUUGGCGGCUUCCUCACACCUUGUUACAAAAAUUUUAGUGUAUGAUUAUCUUGUACUUAUUGCCUAAUGCUUUUUUGUUAUAUUAUGCUUAUAGUAGAAGCUUU